GAGCAAAGGGCAACAUGGUCAAGCUUAAAACAAAGGGAGACACAUGGGCCUAAAUUAUCAAUUAAAGUCCUCACAAAGUUGACCUGCGUCUCUGCUGCCCACAUGCCCAAACGGACAGUCUGCUGUGGCUCCUGGUGUGAGAAACAUCAAAAUUUGGCCCUUAAAAAACACAGUAAAUAUUUGAUUCAACCCACAAAACAGAUCGCUGUUAAAUGACGUCAAUUUAACAAUUCAUAUUCCCCACAUGAAAAACCAACCAAGUUCAAAAUUCUCAAAAAUGUUUUCUCCAUUCAUGAACACAUUCAUUCACAGCACUUGGAAUAAUCAUCAAAACCCUGACACUCAUGUUGGUGGUCAAAACAAAGAAGCAUCACUGCUCCCAACAUGGCUGUGCUCUGAUAAAAUUUGAGUUUCAAUUCAUUCUUGGUUUUAUACCUGUUUGCCUAUGAUUCUUUAACUUAUAUUGUAGAUCUCACCCCUUUACAUAAAAAGCAGACUUUUUACAGUCCAAAACUGUUAUUUAAUAGAAUAUUAGUACAAACGUUGCAUUUACAAUAAAAUUUUGUAGUUGGGCAGAUUCAUUUCCUUGACAUUUAUUAUUUAUAAUGAGCUAUUUAAUGUUUUAGAGAGAAUAUUUAUGAAUAAUUGAAUUGCUUUUUCUUGCUUUAAAUGACCACCAUUGAUUUCAAGAACAAAUACAAUAACUUUUAAUCAUUUUGUUAUUCUGACUUUUUUGAUGUCCUUUAUUUUUGUGCCUGCAGGCUGUGAGAGCGACUUCUGGGGACCUCACUGCAGCAAUCGGUGCCAGUGCCAAAACGGGGCUAAAUGUAACCCUAUAACAGGGGCCUGUGUUUGCACCGAAGGGUACCAGGGAUGGCGCUGCGAGGACCCCUGCGAGCACGGUUAUUAUGGCAAAGGGUGCCAGUUGCCCUGCCAGUGUCUCAAUGGUGCCACGUGUGACCAUGAGACAGGAGAGUGUAUCUGUGCACCAGGAUACACAGGAGCUUUCUGCGGGGAGCGGUGCCCCUCCGGCAGCCAUGGAUCGCAGUGUGAGCAGCGUUGCCCCUGUCAGAAUGGAGGCACAUGUCACCACAUUACCGGAGACUGUUCGUGCCCUGCUGGUUGGACGGGUUCGGUUUGCGCUCAGCCCUGCCCUCUGGGCAAAUAUGGCAUCAACUGCAGCAAAGACUGUUCGUGUCGCAAUGGCGGACUGUGUGACCAUGUCACUGGAAGGUGCCACUGUGCAGCUGGAUUCAGUGGACGCAGAUGUCAAGAGGACUGUCCUGUGGGAACCUACGGUCCACAGUGCAACCAAAGGUGUGAGUGCCAGAAUGGUGCAAAGUGUCACCACAUCAACGGAGCUUGUCUGUGUGAAACAGGCUUUAAAGGCCCUAAUUGUCAAGAGAGAUUCUGCCCUCCGGGCCUUUACGGCCUCAUCUGUGACAAGUACUGCCCUUGUAAUACCACCAACACCGUCAGCUGCCAUCCACUAUCUGGUGAAUGCACUUGCUCUGCGGGAUGGACAGGGCUUUACUGUAAUGAGACCUGCCCGCCUGGAUACUAUGGAGAGGGAUGCUUUGUGCCCUGUGGCUGCACCAAUGGAGCUGACUGUCAUCCUGUCACAGGGGUCUGUACCUGCGCCCCUGGCUUCAUGGGUGAGGACUGCGCUACAGUGUGUCCUCCUGGUCUAUUUGGGCCAAGCUGCAUGUCCACCUGCUCCUGCCACAAUCAAGCAUCUUGCUCUCCGGUCGAUGGCUCCUGCAUUUGCAGAGAAGGCUGGCAGGGUGUGGACUGCUCCAUUCCUUGUUCCAGCGGUAAGUGGGGUCUGGGCUGUAAUCAGACAUGCUUAUGCAGCAAUGGAGCUGCAUGUGACCCCGUGGACGGCACCUGUGCUUGUUCUUCCGGGUGGAGAGGGGAGCACUGUCACGAGUCCUGUCCUGAUGGCACCUAUGGGCUGGAAUGCCGUGAGCGGUGCGACUGUAGUCACGCUGACGGCUGUGACCCUGUGAGUGGCUACUGUCGCUGCUACCCAGGCUGGACAGGAAUCCACUGUGAUAACGUGUGCCCACAAGGCUUCUGGGGACCCAACUGUUCAGUCAGCUGUUCCUGUCAGAACGGAGGGUCCUGCUCUCCCGAGGACGGCACGUGUGUGUGCGCACCUGGAUACAGAGGGACCUCGUGUAAAAGAAUCUGCUCUCCGGGGUUCUACGGUCACCGCUGCAGCCAGACAUGUCCGCAGUGUGUGCACAGCAUCGGGCCUUGCCAUCACGUUACUGGUCACUGCGAGUGCCUCUCUGGCUUCACGGGCUCCCUGUGCAACCAAGUCUGUUCGAGCGGCAGGUACGGCAGGGCUUGCACCGAGAUCUGCCGCUGCACCAACAAUGGGACCUGCAACCCCAUCGACGGCUCCUGCCAGUGUUUCCCUGGCUGGACCGGAGACGAUUGUUCGCAGGCCUGUCCCUCUGGUCAUUGGGGUCCUGAUUGCCUCAACUCGUGUAACUGUCACAACGGAGCCCAGUGCAGUGCCUAUGACGGAGAGUGCAGGUGCAGCUCUGGUUGGACUGGUCUCUACUGCACACAGCGUUGUCCUUCAGGGUUCUAUGGAAAAGACUGCACCGAAGUGUGCCGCUGCCAGAACGGCGCGGACUGCGACCACAUCACGGGCCAGUGUGUUUGCCGAACAGGCUUCAUUGGGACAGGCUGCGAGCAGAAGUGUCUUGCUGGUACAUUUGGAUAUGGCUGCCAGCAGCUGUGUGAGUGCCUGAACAAUGCUACCUGUGACUAUGUGACUGGAACGUGCUACUGCAGCCCUGGAUAUAAAGGCAUCCGCUGUGAUCAAGCAGCUCUGAUGAUGGAAGAACUCAACCCAUACACCAAGAUUAGCCCAGCACAUGGGUCAGAGCGCCAGUCUGCAGGGGCUGUCAUGGGCAUCAUCUUUCUCCUCCUUAUCCUCAUGGCCAUGCUUAGUGUGUUUGUGUGGUACAGACAGAGACAAAGGGAAAAGGGCCAAGAGAUCCAGCCCAGUGUGUCCUACUCACAGGCAAUGCACAUUAACAGCACUGACUACUCUCUUUCUGAGUGUGGCAGUACUGUUGCAAUGAGGACCAGCGCAUCAGAGGUAAUCCAGAACCAGAACAGCACCAGCAGCACAAGCCAAUGCUUCUCCAACCCCAGCUACCCCACUGUAGCUCAGUGUAAUGUAGUCUCAACCAUUUCCAGCAACCUAGAUGGGACCCUGACACUCAAAUCAAGUACCCUGAAGAGCCGAAAUGGCUCAGAAUGGAGAGCCUUCUGCAACCUUAAUGACAUAGAGGUUCAACAGAGUGAGGCACAGCCACAAAGAGGGUCUAGAAAAGAUUACAUAAAGAGCUCCAUGUGCAACAACAGCUCCUGCUCCCUGAAUAGUGACAAUCCAUACGCCACUAUCAGAGACCCACCCGGGUUGUCGUGCAAGCAUACAGAGAGCAGCUAUGUAGAGAUGAAGUCCCCCUCCCACCGUGAAGUCCCCUUUGGAGGCACCGCCACGCUCCUGGGCACUGUGAGCAGGAACGUCUACGAUGUUGAGCCUACUGUGAGUAUCCUGCAGGGACCAAAUGGAAUGGCCACAGGCUUCUCCCAGGGCCCCUAUGAUCUUUCCUGUGGCAGCCACAUCCCCAGCCACUACGACAUUCUGCCAGUGCGCCACAGUCCCACACAUACACCCCCACCAGCCCCAGAAAGCCCCAGCUCCUUGCUUUAGAGCGGACACCGUCCACUUGGCCUGGACAACAUGCUGGCAACCGCAGGACACCUACUUUCAGCCAAUGGCUCUCCCUUUGUCUGUGUAUGUGUUUGUUUAGGUGCUGAAAUUCCAAGAUGGAGAGACAACCACAACUUCUUUGGAUCUGUUUGACUAUCUUCCUGUGACCCUGAGGAAAAGCGAGAGGAGGAGAAAGUGUCCCACACACCAGCGACUGUUCGCCACUUUUUAUUUUGUUAUGGAGCUGACCACUCACACUGCUGUCUGGCCUUUAUAUGGACCUCCUGAUGCGGAAUGGGAUUGUUCCAAACACUGCUGAGAGCAGGACACAUGAACUGGGUGGACGGUUUAUUUACACGGAGAGCUAUCCUAACGCUCAUUUUUAUCCCAUAAUAUAUGUUGAUUACUAUAGAAGAGCAGCCGAGUGUUUAUAAUGUCCCCACCAAGGUGAAAUUAUUGUCCUGAGAGAGGGAUUGUAGCAUAAAGAGAAGUUCUGCUCGUCAAACUCAGAAGCGAAGGAAUAUUUCCUGCGACCUAAAUGUCAUCCUAGAGAUGGGACUGUGAAAUGAGUUUGAGCAAGCAUGGGUAAAAUAGAAAACUGUUGUGAUGGUUCUGUAUUCGCUGUUAUCUAGUAAUGAUCACACACAUAAUACUUGCGUAAGGUACAUUUUGUUGUUAAUGAGGCCGCGUAUAUCUGGACAUGUUUUCAGGUCGCCAGUGUUCAUGCAUUUUUCACAUUUAUUGAGACUUACAGACACAGAAUCGGUCUAACGUUUGACCUUUUCCUUCACAUUAAUGAAGUGCUCCAAUCUUGUGUUGUUUUCCAUGUAAAGGCAUUUUUUCUUGGCAAACGUCUUGGUUUCUAUUUUAAGGUUAUUGGAAGAUUUGAACUUUAUGUUUUGUGUUUCGAAAGCUCUUUGCUUUAUGUAUUAAUUUAUAUUAUUAUUAUUAUUUUUUUUAUCAGUGUGGUUAUAAUAAUAAAAAAAAGAUGAGCAUGAUCAGAUAAUGAUACCCACCAAUGUAGAUUACACACAAUUUAUCUUCUUGUGAGAUUAGCUGUGUCAUUUUGUGAGCUGUUUUUGAAGUCACUUAAAAUAUUCUCUGUCAAACUGUAGAUUAAAAAUAACAUGACAUCUGGCCAAUUUAAGACCCAAAAGCAUUUACAAAGGGGAUUCAUGUGUGAUAGAAAUCUCUUUCUAAAACUUCCUUUUAUUUUCCUUUCAGGCUAAUUAAUAAUUAUAUUUUCUAGUAGACUGAAUUUGCUGGAAUCCAUUUAACCCUCUGUUGAAGCAAUAACAUGUUGACAAUCGAUGCACAGACAGCGUUUCACGGUUGCCGGACAUUAUCUCAUCUAUGAGGUGUGUAGUGACAGUUGAUCACACCUUACAUGACUGUUUGGCCUUUUAGGACGAUUUUAUUUCUAGUUGCCUGUCACAUAAAUCUGGUUGUGGUUUUGGUUUUUAAGUUUGUUUCCAAUUAAAUACCUCUUCUGUCACCAGAAA